AUGACUUCACUACGUAAUAUGCGAGUUUUUUUCCUGUUUGUGCUUUUAUUUAUAAGUAAAAAUGUAAUCGGUUAUGUGAAUGAAAAGGAGAAUCUUGAGGAAUUAAAAUAUGUUAUUGAGGGUAAGGAAAUGUUUGACAAUUUAACAGGAUUAGAAAAGUUAAUAAUAGAAACUUUAAAAUUUGAUAAAGUGCGAUUACCCGUGUUAAAUCCAAGUCUGAAGGAAUACCUGAAUAUGUCUAAUUUUACGAUAGUUAAACAUAAUAUUAAUAGUGAAAACGUAAUUAACCUGGUUGUACCAACUCCAGAUGCCGAUAUCCACGAUUUAAUAAAAUAUGAACACGCUACAAAGCAGCAAAUAAUACAAAAAUAUGAUUCGGAAAACUCGGAUUCGAUUAAGAGGAAGUUUUUGCUUUUGAAGGCAUUAAAAACGACGAAACUUAUGUUAAUACCUAUGUAUGCCUAUGAGAAAACAAAAGAUUUAAAAAAGGCACUAGAAGAAUUGAAUGCUGUAUUUUUCCCGAAAAAUGAAGAGCUCGACAAGGAAAAUUCUUAUCAAUAUUCCAAAUCGUAUUUUGAAAAAAUUAUAAAUUAUAUUAAUGGAGUAAAGAGGAGGGAAUCCAAAGACAAUGCGUAUUCGACUAUAAUAAUUGGUGAAGACCUAUCCAAAAUACAGGAAUCUAGUGAUUUAUUUUUUACGACAAAUGAUAAUAUUGAAUUUAUGAGCAAGUUAGAUAAGAUAGCUAGUCAUUUUGGAAUAGCUAUGUACAAUAUAGUCGGUUCUAAUCUUGUAGCAUUGGGACAUUUCGUUGUUCUACAAUUAGCCCUUAAGAAAUAUGAUCAAUUUUUUAAAUUUGGAAAAAUGAGAUUUUUUAAUUGGCAAAAAAUUUUAAGUUUUAGUGCAACGGAUAGGUUUAGAGUACUCGAUGCAAUGUGUAAUGUACAAGGUGUUCAGGAUGUUCAAACAAAACGAAGAAUAGUUUAUUUGAAAAGUGACAGAACAGCAUCGUUUGAUGAGUGUAAUAUAUUAGAAUUUCUAGUUCAUCAUUUUAAUAAAUAUCAAAAUUCAUUAGUUUCGGGUUUAUAUCAAGAAGACUUUAAGACUCAUUACCUGCAAGAGCACUCUGACAUAAGAAACGAAUUUUUCAAAUUCAUGUGUAAUGAUAUAAAUCAUUGUAAUAUAUAUAGCAGCAAACUAUUUUUAAGUGAAAGUGAUACUAUGAGACCGUUGAACAGUGACACUCCUUACUAUAAGGCGAUAAGUGCUUACAACUUAUAUACAAAUUAUUUAUAUUUUACAAGACAUUACAAUGAAUUUACGCCCAACCAUAUUUUGUACGUACACUUUUUAAACUUAACUGGAAUUUUAAACAACGAGAACAAGGCCUUUGUAACUUCCCUAUAUUUGCCGGGACAUUACAAUGCCAUUGAGUUAGCCUUUGAUCAAGAAUCUUUGCUUACAGAUCUGAUAGAAAACCUACUGCAAUGUGUUGAAAAAUGUAAUUCAAUAGAUGAACCCCAAAAAAAAUCGGAAAAUGAUGAUAGUUCAAACUCAGAUUAUGGUGAAAGCAAAUCAACGAAAUGUAAUCUUUGCAAGGGAGUAUUCACAUAUAUAAACUCGAAGCACGAAGAGGCACCGUCUAUGUUGCAAAAAUUUUUCACUUUUGUUACGAAAAUUAUUAACAUAAAUAGCGUAAGCACAUUAGUAAGAAAUUUGGGUGUUUAUGAAGAAUAUGACAACUUUUUAACAAACGAUAUCGACUGGUACAAGUUUUUACUGCUACUGAGGCUUACGUCCUAUAAAAAAAUUGCCGAAAAGGAUGUCGGAGAAGCAAUGUAUUUAGACUUGAAGAAAGAAGAUAAGUUUAAUAAAACUAUUGUAACGAAUUAUUGGUAUCCAUCGUAUUUAAAAAAGGCUUAUACUUUGUACGUACGAAAUAAAUUGGCUAUCAAUCUAGUAGAAAAGUUAGAGAAUUUACUAAGUAAAGGAGCAAUAGAGAAAAUGAAAAAGAGUGUAAGGUUUUUGCUUCACGUAAAUUCCUUUUUACAAUUGGAUUUUUUUCACAACCUAAAUGAACCGGGACCUAGAGAAGAUCGAAUGCAUCCGCUGUCUAUGGUACUUGAGAAUCAAUUUGCGCAAUGGAGUUCAAACUCUAGUUUAGGUUACUUUUUUUUAAAUUAUGAUGAUCCUACUACAAGAAAACAAAUGCAUGAAAAACUCAGAUCAGAUAGAUUGGUAAUACCCAAAUUUCAUAAAGUGUCUGUUAUGCUAAAAAAUCACAUUAGCAAAGCUUAUGAAUCUUAUUUUAAUCAGAGACAUGUAAAGAAUUUAUACAAAAAUUAUGAUAGUUUUAAUAUAAAUAAUAAAAUUAUACUAAUGAAAGAUUCGUACGAAUCGUAUUUAGAGAAUUACCAGGAUAUAAUUUUUUUAGCAGAUAUAUUUAAUAUAAGAAAAUAUUUGACUGCUACUCCCAAAGCAAAAAGAGUUUCAGAUAGGCUAUACUAUUAUAUUCAUAACAUUUUGGGUAACUCUGUAAACUUCUAUAAAUAUGGUAUGAUAUAUGGGUUUGUGAUUAAUAAAGAAUAUUUUAAAGAAGUUGCAAAUGAACUGUUUUCAAUUUUUAAAUUGAACCAGCAUAUCUUUACGGAUAUUUCUUUUUUGGAAACUGUUUAUUUACUCAGUAGAAAAAUUGAAAGUAGUUUUAACGCGCAAAGGAGAAAUGAUAAAAUAAGCAUUAGCAAUUUGUUUUUUUUAAAUGUCUCAAGUAAUUACUCAAAAAUGAGCAAAGCAGAAAGGUUAGAAGAUUUAAACAAUUCCAUGGCAUCCAGAUUUUUUUCAAAAACAUUUUUUUCCACAUUUCAAACAAUGUUUGUUUCAAUGAUAAGUAGAAAAGUAGAUAAGCUUGAUAAAAAAUAUGGAACUGCUACUAUGCUAGGGGUAACGUUGAGUGAAAAGGCAUUUAUGAAUUAUGCAUUUAUCUAUUAUGGUAGCAUAAUGGAUAAUAUAACAAAUAGCCUUGUUCCUAUAUAUGCAAAAAAACCGAUAGAACAAUUAAAAUAUGGAAAAAUAUUUAUAUUAUCGAAUUAUUUUAUGUUAUCUUCACAAAUAUUUUCAUUAUUAAAUUUAAAUAAUUUAAGCCAAUUGUGUGAAUAUCAAGCUAUAAGUAGUUCUGCUUAUUAUUCUGGAAAGAAGCUUGGUCGAUUUAUUGAUAAAAAAAUGUUACCUAUUGUUGUAUAUUAUUUAAAAAUGAGAGUUGAAGGAGUUAAAACUGAUCCUAGUGAAUUUACUAACGCAUGGACAGUUAUUAAAAGACCUGAUUUUCACCCUGCUAUUUGUAUUACUGUGCACAUGAUUACUAAUUUAUAUUUCGAUACUCCAAUUGCUUUUCCCUUUUCAAUGGGUGCGAAAUUAGGUGAACAAACUGAACAUAUGCCAGCUCUAAAACCAAGUUCGAAACCAUUUGUUUUUGGGUUCACAAAAAUGCUUUGGUUGGAAUUACUUAAUGGAAUGGCUUGCGUUUUUGCUGUGUUCCCUUUUGUGCGUUACUAUGCUUUUCAGCAGAAUUUUGUUUAUUUUUUCGUAAACCCAUUCCGUUUUAUGGAUAGGUUUAAUACUCCAGCUGAUUCUUAUGUUAAAAAUAUUGCUCGAACAUAUUUUAGAAGAUAUACAACAGAUGAAAUAAUAAAGUUUGCAGAAAGAUCCAUAUUAAAUAUUAAAAGACAAGGUAAAAUGGAAGAAGCAGUAAAGGCUAGGUUGGAGAUUAAAAAGAUUAAUGAGCAUCCAAUUAUACAAGGUUUAAAAGAAGAUUUUCCUAUGAUAGCACCACAAGAAUAUGAAAGAUUGCAAAAAAUGAAUACUGCAUUAUAUGGAGAUGACAAUUUACUUUUUGAUUCGCUGGAUGAAGAAGAAAAAUUUUUAAAUGACAAAUAUACAAUUUCAGAAGUUUUGGAAGAAGAGGAAACGGAAUCCAUACCAGAGUCUAAUAAAAGUUCUCAAGGUGAAAGUGAAAGUAAAACUAAUAAUAAAGAAAAUAAGAAUGAAGGAGAGAAAAAAGAUACAAAGAAAUCUCCAGAAGCAACUUCUGGUGAAAAUAAUAAAAAAGAAAUAUUUGAACCCGGUUACGAAGAUGAACAGAAUGAAUUAAAUGCAGGAGUUGAACAAGAACUAAAUGAAGAUGAAGAUAUGCUCGAUGAAAAACUAAUGAUUAAGAGAAAACCAAUAGAAGAGGAAGAAUAA